AUGCAUCCGCCACCCUCUAUCGCAAUAAUCGGUGCCGGACCGAGUGGUCUUCUCUUCGCCCGCCUCCUUGAGGUGAAUGGACUCAAGGACUACAUUGUUUACGAGCGUGAUGAAUCGUCCAUCCCGGGCCCGUGGCAGCAAGGCGGCUCCCUGGAUCUUCAUGGCCCGUCAGGUCAACAGGCACUCAAGGAAGCGGUAGGGCGCUUUGGUGAGGGCCGUGAUGCGCCAGAGAUCGAUCGCCUGCAGCUACGUCAACUUCUACUCAGCUCUAUACCCGCGCACAAGAUCCAGUGGGGUUACGGUGUGCGCUCUCUUGAAGGGAGGAAGACCAACGGUCUCGACGAUGUGGGUAAUGGCUGCGUUAUUCAUUUUUCUAAUGGCAGCUCGGUCACUGGGUUCAAGCUUAUUGUUGGAGCUGACGGGGGUUGGAGCAAAGUCCGUCCCUUGAUCUCAACAGCCCAGCCAGUGUAUUCCGGAAAAAUGUACAUAGAAGGCAAGAUCUCGCACAGCAACGCGAGCUACAAAGCAGCCCACGAGUUGGCCGGCCCGGGAAUGAUGAUGGCGAUGGGUCCAAACAAGAGCUUGGCAUUGCAGCAAGGGGCUGAUGGCACGUAUAGAAUGUACUUUGGUGUCGUCGUUCCUGAAGACUUUUACCAACACCGCAAUAGCAGUGCUACGGAAAAGUCCGAAGCUGUACGACAGUUGAUGCUAUCUUCGGAGAAAUUCUACGCAAAUUGGGCACCGCAACUCAAAGCUAUCGCUGCAAAUGCAGAAGGUCCCUUCCGUGCCUGGAGUUUGCACUACCUGAGACCAGAAGAAGUCGGUUGGAAACGCGACGCAGCUCCAGGUGUGACGCUGCUCGGAGAUGCAGCGCAUCUUUCAACACCUUUUGUGGGCGAAGGAGUGAAUUGCGCCAUGUACGAUGCUGUGCUACUGUCUAAACAUCUCCGUGAGCUCUUUGGCAAGCAUCCUGAUAUUGCAAGUGUCCAGGAAGCAAGCUUGGAAGAGGCCCUGUCUUCGUAUGAAGAGGAAAUGUUUGAGCGCGGUCGGGACUUGAUCCGGCGCAGCGCGGAGAGUGAAGCAGUGCUUUUCGGUGAUAAUGCAGUGGAGAACGUUCUCGGGUUCGUGGAUGGAGAACAUAACGAACUGCUUUAUGAUGUAAAGGCCUCUGGUGGCAAAUAA